AUGUCUAAUAUUAAACUUAUUGGAAUUUUUGUACUAUCAUUUUGUUUUUUAUUAACGUUAUAUUUUAAUAUAAUACCAUACUCAUUCAAUGAAGAUAUUUCUAAUAUCGAAGAACCAAAAUCCUCAAAAACUUCAGUCGAAACAAUCAAUUCAGAAAUAAUAAAUUCAGAUCCUCAGACAAUUAAUUCAGAUUCAUCUCAAAUCGAAAUUACUUCUGAACAAUUCGAACAAUUUCCUACACCUCAAACUAUUAAUCCUAUUAAUCCUGAAUCACCAUUACCAACAGAAUAUAAUUCAUCUUCAUUAGAAUCAAUUUUAUCCUUAAUUCCUCCUUAUACUUUUUACACUGCUCUCGAAAAUUCCAAAAACUUAAUUUUCAUCGGAGAUGUUCAUGGCGCCCUUUCGGAAUUACGAGAUUUAUUAAGAUUAAUUAAUUAUGAUAACACGAAAGAUCAUUUAAUUUUUGUGGGUGAUCUAGUUGCCAAAGGUCCGAAUUCAAUUGAGGUUGUUGAAUAUAUAAAGAAUCUCUCUGAAAAAGGAGAUGUGAGUUGCGUUCGUGGAAAUCAUGACCAUAAAGUUUUGAGAUCAAAAGUAUUCUUAAAUGCAUUUGAUUCAAAUAAUAUUAAGUUGGAUGAAGAUGCUUAUUAUAAUAUACUGGAGGAAUUGAAUGUGAAGCAGGAACAUUUGGAUUUGGCAAGAAACAUAGAUGAAGCAUCAUAUGAAUUUUUAUUAUCAUGCCCAAUUAUAAUAGAAAUUCCCGAAGAAAGUUUAUAUGUUGUUCACGCUGGCCUCUUACCUAACAUACCAAUUGAAGAACAAAAUCCCGACGAUAUUAUGACCAUGAGAAAUAUUAAAUCAAAUGGUCAACCAACAGAUAAAAAAAAACCGGGAAAACCUUGGACAGACAUUUGGAAUUUAUAUCAAAAAUCUUCUGAUAAUCCAAAAUACAUAAUAUAUGGACAUGAUGCAUCAAGAGGAUUAACUAUAAAAGAUUAUUCAUUUGGAUUGGAUUCGAGGUGUGUCACUGGUGAAGAUUUAACAGCAUUAUUAUGGAGUAAAGAUAAAACAUUAAUGAGUAUAUUUUAUUAG